AUGGCGCCUGAACCUGUCCCGCGUCCUCCCGACGCCACAGAACCUGAAGAUGACGACCUCCUCGACGCCGACGAAGCCGCUGAGGAGAUCAUCGACGAAGACGGCGACCACCCGAUGGACGACGAUGACGACCUCGACGCCGAAGAACAGGAAAUCCAGCUACAGAAUGACUCGGCCGCCCACUUUGACGCCCACACAGACAGCAUUUUCUGCAUAGCACAACACCCCACGAACGCGGACAUUGUAGUGACUGGCGGUGGCGAUGACGUCGCAUACCUGUUCGACGCGUCGAUACCGGCAGCUCCACAAGAAAAGCAGCAAGGCGAAAGAGCAGGCAUCUCCCCACUACAGAAACUAGACGGACACACGGACUCGGUCAACGCCGUAACCUUCACAUAUCCGCGCGGUGAAUACGUGCUCACCGCGGGGUUGGAUGGGAAACUGCGCACCUACCGGUCCGACGAUCUGUCCGGAUCCAAAGCGUGGAUUUUCGUCGCCGAGAUCGCCGAGGUGGAAGAAAUCAACUGGCUGGCUGCGUCGCCGAACAGGGAGCACGAAAACGUAGUCGCUCUGGGCGCCAACGACGGCUCUGUCUGGGUGUACAAGAUCGAUGGAGACGACAAAACCUCCCCCUUGACGAUCGUACAGGCCUUCUAUCUGCACACCGCGUCGUGUACAGCCGGGGCGUGGACCCCGGACGGCAACCUCCUCGCGACGGCCUCCGAGGACGGAAGCCUCUACGUGUGGGACGUCUUCUCGACAGGCCAGGCUGUCGUGUCCAAGACUGCCACGGAUCAACGCUUCGAGGUCGAAGGCGGGUUAUACAGCGUCGCGUGCACUACGUCGUUGGUCGCCGUGGGGGGAGCAGGCGGGAACAUCAAAGUCGUGGGUCUACCUCAAGCGGCGGACCAGGAUAAGAAGACAAAACCCAAGGGCGCUCCCAAGCAGGUUGCCUCGUCGGCGGGGCAGAUCCUAGCGUCGAUGCAGGCACAGAGCGACGGGAUCGAAACCCUGUCCUUUUCCUCGCCACCCCUGACCAUUCUGGCCGCCGGCAGUGUCGACGGUUCGGUCACCCUUUUCGACACGGCCCACCGAUUCGCCCUGCGGAGACACAUCAAGGAAGCGCACGAAGAGUUCGCGGUCGUGAAGGUCGAUUUUGUGCGCAGCCCCCAGAAAGGAGGCUGGCUUUUGACCACCGCGGGCAUGGACGGCGUGGUCCGCCGCUGGGAUGUCCGAGGCGGGACCACGGCCGCUGGGCAGGGUUUCGUCGGCGAGUGGAAGGGUCACAGGGGAGAGGGCGAGGGAGGGGGAGUAUUGGGUUUCGUGCAGGGGGGUGGCGGACACAGAAUCGUCACAGCCGGCGAUGACGGCGUCAGCUUGGUCUUCAGGGCGGAUAUCUCAUGA